CUUGAUAAUCAUUGGUCACUCAUACCACAUCAGACCACCUUGUCCCUUACUGUUGAUAGAGUUUGUAGACUGUUGAAAGUUUGCUAGAAUCAUCAAGCUGUUUGGAAAAGUCGUCUGCUUUAAAAAGGAAGGAUAGUUUGGAAAGUUUGAAAUAGAAAAGAUGAAUAACGAUAUGUAUAAUAGUGGUGAUGUUUAUGCACAGGAACCAGUCGUCAGUGAGCAACACAAGACGACGUACGGUUCAAUGAAUGAUUGGAUGGGCGUACAAGAUAGAGUUGCUUCAACUAAUGUUCCAGUCACAAUGUCAGACAGCAACUGGAUGCAAAAAACCAUGUUAACAGAACAGAAUCCCACAUUCGAUGAUAAAUACAGCAGAGCUUAUACAGAUCUCAGUAAACAAAUAGCUUACAGGCAUCCCAAUCCCGGAAAGGCAAGAGAACGACAAGGUCGUAUUGGUGGUUCAUGGAGACAUAUCAAAGAAGUCUUGGGUCAUGGAGGCAGCCGCGUUGUCUUUGUGGAUGGUAAGAAUGACCGAAUCCCUCCACGAGUCUAUAAAAAUCAAGGGGCACGGGAGGGGCGCAGUGGCGGACAUUGGAGGAACGUGACCGAGGUUCAGGGACAUAGUGGAUCGCAGGUUUGUUUUGUAAACACUCCCAGAGACGUUGAGAUUACUGGUGAACUACAAACUCCACGUACCGGAAGAACUGGUCGAGCUGGUGGACAAUGGCGGCACAUGACUGAAGUGGUUGGCCAUGGUGGUAGUCAAGUGAUGUUUGUUGAUGGUUUGGUUGGUACUUACGAUUCCAACAAGUUUACAGAUCAGCUAUAUGAACAACAAUUCGCCAGACCACAUUUAAAUGGCGAUGGAUAUGUUCCAGCUAAAAUUGGUCUAACCACUACAGGAAUUCCCGAGUACGACCCACUUCGUACUGCUAGAUUACCAAGUGUGCCUGAUGCCACUCCAAGAUAUUAUGAUGAAGACGUCAGCAGAAAGAUGGCAUUAUUAGCUGAAGAUAAAUAUAAAGGUUUUUACAAAUAUAAAUAAAUAGUGUGAAAUACGUGUAUUGCAUUAAGGUGCGAAAAGACGAUGUCCGGUUCGGUGUACAGUGUGGGAUUAUUGAUAUAGUAAAAAAUAGAAGAACCGAAUCGUGUCCGCACCCGUACGAUCAUCCCGCACCAUACUCUGCACCGGACACCCGUACCUCGUGUAUUCGCGGCUUAAGUCAUCAAAUUAUCUUAUCAGUAUUUAUGUACAAUAUUUGAAAUGUGCCUUUUUUUUUAUAUAUAUAUAUCUACUCUUUAUUGUAAGUUUCGGUAUCUAAAGCACAGGUAUCUUUAGAUCACAGGCAUCUGUUUCUAUCAAUAGUCGACUCUAUCUACAUAGUAUUUAUAUACUAUGUAGAUAGAUUCGACUAUUGAUAGAAACAGAUGCCUAUGAUCUAAAGUGACAAUUUAUAUAAAAAGUCUUACAGGCUUCAGUACCUUAAACGAUAAAUAACUAUUGCUUAAUGAAGGAAAAUAAAGGUUAAAAUUUAAGAAAUAGAAAAGUUUUAAUAUUAUUUAUCAUCUUUUUAUAAAACUUUCAUAUCAUCUAUUUAUAUUAACUCAUAAACUCAGAAAAGAAUGUAGCGCUUUUCAGUAGCGCUUCGUGUGGAUUUUAAUUAUGACUUUACUAUUACAAUAGUACAUGUCAUGAUUUCAAUUCUGAUUUUAUUUAUGGUCGUGAUUUCAGUAUGAUUUUAUUUGUGGUCGUAAUUUCAAUUGAAUUUAUAUGUGGUCAUGAUUUCAAUUAUGAUCUUAAUUAAGAUAUUGCCAUUACAGUAUUUCUUGUUGUCAUGAUUUCAAUGAUUUUAUUUGUGGUCAUGAUUUCAAUUAUGAUUUUAUUUGUGGUGUGAUUUCAAUUAUGAUUUUACCAUUACAAUAUUACUUGUCAUAAUUGCCAUUAUGAUUUUUUUGGUCAUGAUUUUAAUUGUUAUGAUUUUGAUUAUUAUUUUACCAUUAAAGUGUUACUUGUGAUCAUGAUAUUGAUUAUUGAUUACCAUAUGCAGUAUUGAUAUUUAUCAUUUUUUUCUUUCUGGAUAAUACUACUUCAUCUGUGUAAAUCUCAUAACUUUUCAUUUUGUUAAUAAUCAUGAUUGAAGAUUCUAAGAAAGGAGCUUAUACAAUUUCUUGACUUCUAGUUUCUUUUCUUUUCUAGAGCUUUUUUUUUAUACAUUAAAUGAUUAUAUACUUUCGAAAUUUUGAUUAUGUAAUCACUUAUUGUAAUAAACAUCAUUUACAUCUAU